CCGGACACAGCACAGCGGGCGGUCGCCGGCGGGAGACGGGUCAACGACGGCGGCACGCGGUCGAGGCAGCCUCGGGGACGGCAGCGACGCGACCGACGCCGGGCGGGACAGCGAAGCGACGGUCGGUGCCGGCAUGCCGAGCCUGACCGAUAAUCUGGCAGACGCGGUCGCGGGGGAACUGGCGAUCCUAUCGGGCGUUGCGGCCGAUCCUUGCCUUAUCCGGCAGUCAGCCGCACCGGCAGCCGCCCGAGGCUUGCCGGGUUCUGGCAGAGCGUUCUGACCGGUUCUGCUCUCAACCAACAGUGCGCCCCCCCUGCGCACGUAUAUAUACGUGUCCGACCGACCGUCAUUCUUUUAACCCCUUUCCCCCCGUCCCCCACCACCCUCUCCUGCUGUCGUCUGUCUCGCUCCAAGCGCAGUUAGUCGCCGCCGCGUCCCGCGUUCCUCCCCGCCCCUCCCUCCCGCCUGGUCAUCAUCAUGUCGGCCAACGACGAAAAGGUCGGUGAAGUCGCCACCAAGCAGCCCGGUCCUCCCGCCGAGCAGCCUGAGAAGAGAAAGAGGGAGUACAAGGAUUUCGGACAUGAACAGGAAGAGGCGACUCAUGCCAAGGUCGACAUGUCUGAGAUUCAGCUCCGUGCUGAGGACUUGUACGACAAGGAGAAGGUUGACCUCGAGACCAUCGUCGUUGAGGACGUGUUCAAGCUCCUCCAGUGUGACGACAACGGUUUGACCGCGGAUGAGGCUCACCGCCGUCUCGAGCUGUUCGGUCCCAACAGGCUCGAGUCUGAAGAGCAGAACGCUUUUCUUCAGUUCCUGAGUUUCAUGUGGAACCCUCUCUCUUGGGUUAUGGAGGCUGCCGCUCUGGUAGCUAUCGCCCUCUCGAACGGCGAGGGUCAGCCUCCGGAUUGGGAAGAUUUCGUCGGUAUCGUCCUCCUCCUGCUCAUCAACUCCGGUAUCGGUUUCUACGAGGAGCGCAAUGCGGGUAACGCUGUCAAGGCACUCAUGGAUUCGCUCGCCCCCAAGGCGAAGGUCAGGCGUGACGGUCAGUGGAAGGAGAUCGAGUCCGCCGAUCUCGUUCCCGGUGACAUGGUCUCUUUCAAAAUCGGUGACAUCGUUCCGGCCGACUGCCGUCUCACGGAGGCUAUCAACGUCUCCAUUGACCAGGCUGCGCUGACUGGCGAGUCUCUGCCUCAGAGCAAGAAUGCUGGUGACCAGUGUUUCUCUGGCUCUACCUGCAAGCAAGGUGAGGCUGAGGGCGUGGUCAUCUCUACCGGUGCAAACACGUUCUUCGGUCGCGCUGCGUCGCUCGUCGGUCAGGACGACGACACCACUGGUCACUUGCAGAAGAUCCUUGCCCAGAUCGGGACUUUCUGUUUGGUCGCCAUCGGAAUCUUCGUCAUUGCGGAGAUCUUCUGCUUGUACGCUGGGUUCCGCUACCAUUACCGUCGCGGCUUGAACAACAUCCUGGUGCUCUUGAUCGGCGGUAUCCCCAUUGCCAUGCCCACCGUCUUGUCCGUGACACUCGCCGUCGGUGCCCAGCAGCUCGCGAAGUACAAGGCUAUCGUCACACGUAUCACGGCCAUCGAAGAGCUUGCCGCCGUCACCAUCCUGUGCUCCGACAAGACCGGUACGCUCACCACCAACAAGCUCACUAUCGAUCGCGAGACUGUCCGCACCUACGGUGCCUUCUCCGCCGAAGAUGUCAUCCUCCUCGCUGCCUACGCUUCGCGUACCGAGAACCAGGAUGCGAUCGACACUUGCGUCGUUGGAGCCCUCGGCGAGACCUCUCGCGCCCGUGUUGGUAUCAAGCUGCUCGACUUCAAGCCUUUCAACCCCGUCGACAAGCGCACGGAGAUCACCUACCGGGAGGAGAGCUCUGGCAAGCUCAAGCGUGUCACCAAGGGCAUGACCGGAAUCAUCAUCGAGCUUUGCACGCGCAACAAGACCGAGGAACAGGAGAACAAACUCGAGGCCGACGUCGAGGAGUUCGCCGCGCGUGGUCUGCGCGCCCUCGCGGUUGCCUACGAGGAGGUUGAGGGCAACAACUUCGAGGCUGAGGGCAAUGGUUUCGAGCUCAUUGGCCUUCUCCCCAUCUUCGACCCUCCCCGCUCGGACACCAAGCAGACCAUCGACGACGCGCAGGCUCUCGGUGUCAAGGUCAAGAUGGUCACCGGUGAUCAGCUCGCUAUCGCGAAGGAGACGGGUCGUCGUCUUGGUCUCGGCGACCACAUGUACCCCGCUAAGGUGCUCAAGGACGAUGAUCCUGACGCCGAUGGGUUCGCUGGUGUCUUCCCCGAGCACAAGUACGAGAUUGUCAAGCGUCUUCAGGGCCUCGGUCACUUGGUCGCGAUGACUGGUGACGGUGCAAACGACGCUCCCGCUCUAUCCCGUGCUAACGUCGGUAUCGCUGUCGAGGGUGCCACCGACGCCGCUCGCGGCGCUGCCGACAUCGUCCUGACGGAGCCCGGUCUUUCCACCAUCGUCCACGCCAUCCGCGGUUCGCGUAUCAUUUUCCAGCGUAUGCGCAACUACUCGAUCUACGCUUGCGCUGUCACCAUCCGUAUUGUCGUCUGCUUCGCCAUCCUGGCCUUCGCGUUCAAGUUCGACUUCCCGCCGUUCAUGGUUCUGAUCAUUGCCCUCCUCAACGAUGGUACCAUCAUGACCCUGUCGGUCGACCGUGUCCUGCCCUCGAGCACGCCUGACAGCUGGGACUUGGCCGAGAUCUUCUCGUACGCCGUGGCCUACGGCUUCAUCGCACUUGUUGCCAUUUGCAUCAAGACGACGUUCUUCUACGACAAGUUCGGUGUUCUGUUCGAGGGUGGUGCUACGAUUGCGUCGAACCAUAACGAUCGUAUCCUGCACUCGGUGGUCUACCUCCAGGUUGCCAUCAUCUCGCAGGCGCUCAUCUUCGUCACUCGGUCGCACAGCUUCUUCUUCAUGGAGCGUCCCUCGGCAGCUUUGUUCUGCGCGUUCUGCAUUGCGCAGCUCGUGUCGACGAUCAUCGCGGUGUACGCCGACUGGGGCUUCACUGAUAUCCAUGGUAUCUCUGGUGGCUGGGUUGGCAUCGUCUGGAUCUGGGACAUCGUUUGGUUCGUCCCUCUGGACUGGAUCAAGUUCGCGAUGAAGGCGACGAUCAUCAAGUCUCUGCGCCAGCGUCGCGAGGCUGAGCUGGCCGCGAGCGGCGGCGAGACUAACAUCAGCAUCUCGCGCACUCGCUCUCGUGCCGCCUCGGUCAACGAGUCCCUCUACUCCAACCGCGUGUCGUUCAUCAAGCGUGCGGCGCGCCGCGUCGGCCUUGGCCAGAAGAUCUCUGUCAAGCCGGAGGAGCUCCAGCGCUUUAGCAGUAUCCAAGCUCAGCGUGCGGGUGCGACGCUCGCCCGCAAUCCGUCGCGCGUCGCUGCAUAGAGUGGCUGAGGUGUUCCUUCUCUUCUCCGCCUCCGCCCCCUUUACAUUUAUCACGAUCUAAUGUAGUAACUCGCAUCGUCUCGUUACCCUCAUAGACAGACGCUCUCUUAGCAUGGGCUGAUGGCUGCACAUAUUACAUAUUGCCGUCUCUUUGCCAGGACAUCGCACGAUCUCUUUGCAUCCAGAUUCACACACAUAUACCGGUAAAGUACAAACCAGAGUAAAAUAAAGACAUUCAUCAUCCAUGCCUGAAAUCGUAUGUGAGGUCGUUUUCAACGUAGUGUGUCUAAGUUUGA